AGUUAUUUGGAAAAUGUCGACUUACGUUCCCAAGCCUUCCCGUGACAACGUGUACCGCUUCUUCUUCACGGAGGGCGUGAUCGCGUGCAAGAAGGACCGCAUGGGUACCUGGACGGGUACCCUUGGCGGCAACACCUUCACGGUGCCGUGCAUCCAGGUGAUGCAGCUGAUGCGCUCCCUUAAGAGCCGCAGCCUGAUCAAGGAGCAGUACGCGUGGCGCCACUACUACUGGACGCUGAACGACGAGGGUAUUGCGUACAUGCGCAGCUACCUGCACCUUGCUCCGUCCGCUGUGCCCAACACGCAGAAGCCGAGCACGGUGAACUUCGAGAAGGUGACGGAAGGCCGUGGACGCGGUCGUGGGCGCGGGGAGGGCCGUGGCCGCGGACGUGGUGAGGGCCGUGGUCGUGGUCGCGGUGAGGGCCGCGGUCGCGGUCGUGGCCGUGGCUUCGGUGGUGAGCGCACGAACUACCGCGCCGCCGCCGCCGCUGCCCCUGAGGGUGGUGCGGAGGCUGCCCCCGCCCCGGCUGCUGAGUAA